GAGAGUAGCGGCGGCAAGAUAAUACAAAGUAGGUUGUCCAGGAGCCAAAGCGCAAACCAUGGAGACUGUCUGUCGCUACUGACAUUUGGCGCUUCACUCAAACUUUUGAAGGCUAUUGUGCCCCAUUUUUGUCAUUCUGGCAUUCAGCUUGCUACUGUAGUUAUUUUAUUCCAACCAAUACAUCCUGACUGAGGCGCGGCUGUAACGUUAACAUUAGCUCAAGUUAUUUUCAGUUCACAAGAGUUCACCAGUGGAGGAAACACGGCAGGAUGUACCAUGAAGACACCGCAACAUUACAAAAGCCACGCUAUGGAACCAUCCAGGAUGAUGAGAGGCUGUCAGCGGAGGAGAUGGACGAGCGGAGACGACAGAACAUUGCCUACGAGUACCUGUGUCACCUGGAGGAGGCCAAACGGUGGAUAGAAGCCUGCCUGGAGGAGGACUUGCCCCUUACCACAGAACUGGAGGAGGGACUGAGAAAUGGGGUCUACCUUGGCAAACUUGCCAACUUUUUUGCCCCAAAAAUGGUGUCUGAAAAAAGGAUCUAUGACAGAGAUCAAUCCCGUUAUAAGAGCAAAGGGCUUCACUUCAGACACACCGACAACACAGUGCAGUGGCUCAGAGCGAUGGAGUCAGUGGGUCUCCCAAAGAUAUUCUAUCCUGAAACAACAGAUGUGUAUGAUCGCAAAAACAUGCCUAAGGUGGUCUACUGCAUACACGCACUGAGCUUAUACUUGUACAAACUGGGCAUCGCACCACAGAUCCAGGACCUGCUGGGGAAAGUUGCCUUCACAGAGGAAGAGAUCAGUAACAUGAGGAGUGAGCUGGAGAAGUAUGGCAUUCAAAUGCCAGCUUUCAGUAAGAUUGGCGGUAUCCUCGCUAACGAGCUCUCAGUGGAUGAAGCUGCCUUGCAUGCUGCCGUGAUUGCCAUCAACGAGGCUGUUGACAGAGGUCAGGCAUCUGUCACAAUGGGAGCCCUGAAUAAUCCUAAUGCAAUGCUGAGGAACACCCAUGAAUAUCUGGCCCAAGACUACCAGGACUCGCUGAGCCAGGCCAAGGCUGGUAAACAGGAUCAGGCUUCAGGGAGGCGCUCCUCGAUUACUGCUGAGGAAAGAGACGUUUACGAGGAGCUGCUGACUCAGCAGGAGAUCCAGAGUUGCAUAGACUGUGUAAAUAUCCAGGCAGCAGUAAGGCAGGUGAAUCAAGCGGUGUCGACCCAGGAUGAAGCUACUCUGUUGGCUGCACUCAGGCUUGAAGCUCUGGCCCUGCUGGGUGUUCAGGAGGCAAACUGCCGCUGGUACCUGGAACAUUUUACCAACUACUGCCAACACAAAUCCAAGGAUGGAGACAAAGCUGUAGUGGUGGACAAAGAGGAGAUUCAGAGAGUUGUCAGCUCUUGUAAUGACUUUGCUGAGGCAGAGAAACGAAAAAUCGAGGCAGUUGUAGCGAUCAAUACUGCCAUUCGUCUUGGCAAUGCAGUGGAUACGGUAGAGGAGCUGAUGAACCCUGAGGCACAGCUGCCUAUUGUCUACCAAACUGCUGCCAACCUCUAUCAGGCUGAGCUUUUUAGCUUGCAGCUCCAAGGGGGUCGGGCUGGCCUGAGCCAUGAGGAGCUGAGUGUCGCUGUAGAGAUGCUGUCAGCCGUAGCGGUGCUGAAUGAGGUGCUGGACACCAAAGACCCACAGGCUGUAAUUGAGCAGCUAACAGACUCUCCUCUGGGCUUUACCAACAUAGAUCAAGACAACCUCAACAGGUAUGCUGACACUCUUAUUAAACAGAGAGCUGAGACUCUCACCAAUGGCCAAGAGUUCCUCACAUGGAAUGAUGUUCAGAAAUGCAUCGACACAGUCAACGUUCAGGUCCACGAGGAGCAUGAACGUAUUAUAGCUAUAGCUGAGAUCAAUGAGGCACUUAACUCAGGUGAUCAUCAGCAGACACUUGCAGCCCUGCUCCUCCCUACAGCCAAGUUGAUGGGGGUGAACCCAGCCACAUCCCAACACUACCAUGAUGUCCUGCAAUAUACCAAGAAACUCCUCUGCCAGAUCUCACCUCUGGACACAGGGGAAAUGAGCUCUGGAGAUGAGUCUGCAGUUUUGUGGCUGGACCAAAUCCAAGAGGCCAUACACAUAGCCAACCAGGAUGAAGAGGAAGCUCUCACAUUGGCUGGAGCAGUAGCUGACAUUAACAAGAUGGUGGCUGAGGGAGACUCCCAGAAUACACUGCAGGCUUUGCAGGCUUCGAGUGCAGGACUGAAAGCGGUGCUCUUCGAGUGUUCCGACAAAUACCAGACUGAACUGGCACAGAGACAAACAGAAAGUUCUACAAAAGGCAACAGUGACAGUGUGUGGGUGAAACAUUGUAUAAAGGACAGAUAUGACUACUACUAUAACCUGAAGAUGGGACAGGGCACCUGGGAGGAGCCAGAAGGAUUUGAACACAGUGAUGGUCAUCUCAGUAAAGAGGAAAUUCAGAGUGUUGUCAGUGGUGUGACUUCAGAAUAUAACAGGGGACAGUUAUGGUUGGCCAAUGAGUCCUUGGUGACCCAGCUGCAGGCGAGGGUCAGAGGUUUUUUGGUCAGGAAAAGGCACGCACAGAGGAUGGAAUAUCUCCGCCAACAAGAGCCACAUGUCGUCAAAUUGCAGGCUUCCUGGAAAGGUUGCAAACAGAGGAAAAUGUACAAAGACCGAAUACAUUUGCUUCAAAAAAAUGUUGCUUCUGUUGUUAAGAUCCAGUCCCUGGUGAAAAUGUGGAAAGCCAAACGUAAAUACAUUCAGAGGUUGCAGUACUUCAAAGAUCAUGAGAAAGAAAUUGUGAAGAUCCAGGCUUUUCUAAAGGCCAACAAAGCCAGAGACGACUACAGAACCCUGACUGGUGCCAAGGACCCGCCCCUGUCCGUGGUACGCAAGUUUGUCCACUUGCUGGAGCAGAGCUCCCUGGAUCUGCAGGAAGAACAGGAAGUGACACGGCUUCGGGAAGAGGUGGUCACCAAAAUUCGCUCCAAUCAGCAGAUGGAGAAAGAUUUGAACCUGAUGGACAUAAAGAUUGGACUGCUGGUGAAGAACAGGAUCACUCUGCAGGAUGUUGUGUCACAUAGUAAGAAAAUGAAGAGCAAGAAAAAUAAGACAAGUAAAGAUGACCUGACUGCAGGAGACCGACUGGGUAUCAAGGGAUUAAGUAAAGGCAAAAGAAGGAAACUGGAGGCCUACCAACAUCUCUUCUACCUGCUGCAGACUAAUCCAUCCUACUUGGCUAAGCUGAUCUUCCAGAUGCCCCAAAACAAGUCCACUAAGUUUAUGGACACUGUGAUCUUCACCUUGUAUAACUACGCCUCUAACCAGAGAGAGGAAUACCUGCUGCUCAAACUCUUCAAGACUGCUCUGGAGGAAGAAAUCAAAUCUAAGGUAGACCAGAUCCAGGACAUCGUAACAGGGAACCCAACAGUUAUCAAGAUGGUGGUGAGCUUCAACAGAGGUGCACGAGGCCACAACACACUCAGACAGCUGCUGGCUCCCGUGGUCAAAGACAUAAUUGAGGACAAAAGUCUUGGUAUCAACACCAAUCCUGUGGACGUUUACAAAGCUUGGGUCAACCAGCUGGAGAUGGCGACUGGGGAGGCCAGCAAGCUGCCUUAUGAAGUGACUCCUGAACAGGCCAUGUCACAUGAGGAAGUACGCAACAGGCUGGAGGCGUCCAGUCUGGCACUUCGGGCAGCAACAGAUAAAGUCCUGAACUCAAUUGUGUCCUCACUGGAUAAUAUCCCUUAUGGCAUGAGAUACAUAGCAAAAGUUCUGAAGAACAGCCUCCAUGAAAAGUUUCCAGAUGCCUCAGAAGAUGAGCUAAUGAAGAUUGUUGGAAACCUCCUUUACUACCGCUACAUGAAUCCAGCCAUUGUGGCCCCUGAUGGCUUCGACAUUAUCGAUGUGUCAGCAGGAGGGCAGCUUCACGUAGACCAGCGUCGCAAUCUGGGAUCUGUGGCAAAGAUGCUCCAGCAUGCUGCUGCAAAUAAGCUGUUUGAGGGCGAGAAUGCACACAUGACACCGAUGAACAACUACAUAUCCCAGACCUAUGAGAAAUUUAGGGUAUUUUUCCAGUCCGCCUGCGAUGUCCCUGAACCUGAGGAGAAGUUUAAUAUCGAUGAGUACACAGACAUGGUGACCCUGAGCAAGCCUAUCAUCUACAUCUCAAUAGAUGAGAUCAUCAAUACACACUCGCUGCUUUUGGAACAUCUGGAGGCCAUCUCUCCUGACCACAAUGACCUGCUGCACGAGCUUCUGCAGGACCUGGGAGACACCCCAGAUGUAGAGACACUGCUAGGGGAAGGAACUGUGGAUCCAACUGACCCAAACAGAGAGAGUGCUCUUAGCCAGCUGGCCAAGACUGAGAUCUCCCUGACUCUAACCAGCAAGUUUGAGCUGCUGGAAGGAGAUGACAAAGACUUGAAGACUCUCAUGACAAAGACAAAAAAGUUAAUAGUGGAUGUGGUUCGGAUUCAACCUGGAGAGACUUUGUCUGACAUUCUUGAGACCACUGCUACUGCCCCACAGGAGUUGGAGCAUACUAAGAUUGUAGAGCGGCGGGCGGUUCAGGAUGCUCAGACACCAGAAGGUCUGAAGAGCAGCCUAGCAGUACUGGAGGACAGCCAGCUUCCACUUGAACAGAAGAAGAGAAAGAUCCUGAGGAACCUUCGUAACUUGGAGCAGGGUGGUAUUGUCACUGCCAGUAACAAAUACCAGGACCUCAUUAAUGACAUAUCAAAGGAUAUUCGCUACCAAAGACGCUACAGACAGAGGAGGAAGGCAGAGCUGGUGAAGCUCCAGCAGACACUGAUGGCGCUCAACUCAAAAACAACCUUCUACCAGGACCAGAUGAACUAUUAUGAUACCUACAUCAAGACUUGCCUGGACAACCUCAACCGGAAGAAUUCACGCAAAUCAAUAAAACUGGACAGCAAAGGAGACGACAAGAGCAGUAAGAAGUGGAAGCCACAGUCUCUGAAGUACACUGCAGCAAAACUGCAUGAGAAAGGAGUCAUUUUGGAAAUAGAAGGACUUCAGACAAACCAGUUUAAAAAUGUCAUGUUUGACAUUUCACCCACCGAGGAAGUCGGGGAUUUUGAGGUGAAAGCCAAGUUUAUGGGCGUUGAGAUGGAAAAAGUCCAGCUUCAUUUCCAGGACCUCCUUCAGCUGCAGUACGAAGGUGUGGCCGUCAUGAAGAUGUUUGACAAAGCCAAAGUGAAUGUCAAUUUACUAAUUUUCCUCCUAAACAAGAAAUUCUAUGGAAAAUGAGAAAGUCAAAUCACCAAAGAGAGAAUAGAGCGGAGGUUGGAGAUGGAUGUGCCUUCUGACAGUACUUUGUUCUGUUUCAUCUGAUUAUGAUUAAAUGGAUCAAACCUAAAUGAAAUGUUACCGUUCAAUUUAAAUGUCUUGUUUUCUGGGGGGGUUUCCCACAUGAUGAUUGUAAAUUAAUGUAUUUUUAAGAAUUAAAUUGUAAUGAUAUUCAUGUUUUGUAUGUAAAAGAUUGUAGGAAACACACUGUUAUUGUUACGCUUUAUGUUGAAAAAUCGAUGGCAGUACUGUCAGACCUGGAGCUGUGGAGCAACUUUUCAUCCAGCCUGCAUGGCUUUGUGAAAUACUGUAGUUUACUAGUGCCUUUUUAAUUAAAGCAUUGAAAGACACAUGUUUUAAUUAAUAAAACAUUUUAAAAGCUACAAUUCAGCAACAACUUUUAAUAUGUAUUAUCAGUGUUUAAGUGAUUUCUAAUGCUUGAAAAACGUGCAAAAUAAAUUACACGUCUAAAAAUGA